CUGGCGUGUGCGCGUUCUCGCUCCCUCUCUCUCUCUCUCUCGCUUGCAUCCUCCCAUCUUCACCCUCUCCAUCAUCUUCUCCUCCUGCAGCCUCGGUGGCGUUUUCCGGGUCACACGGGGGGAGGGCGGGGUUACCAACACCCUAGGAAGACCUGAGCAACAUUUAGUGCAAGAUGAUGUGGAGACUCGGGAAGUGAGCUCCUCCUCAUCCAACCUUUCUAAAAGCUUUUUUUCCACCCCCCGACCUGUCUUUUCUUCUGCAACAUCUGGAAUGCUUAACGUGGACUGAUGGAUGUUUCCGAACUGUGCAUCCCUGACGCGCUCUGCUACCAUAACCAGCUGCUCACUAGAAUGCCCUCUGAGGACCGACACCUGUCCUCCAGCUGUGGUUCCUACGUCAAAACCGAGCCCUCCAGCCCGUCAUCCUCGCUAGUAGACACCGGCAGUCACCACAGUCCCAGCGGCAACUCGGACGCCAGCGGCGGCUACAUCAACGGCGGCGGCGGGGUACGCUCGCACGUCCUGGACUCGCCGCCCAUGUUCAACCCGGGCAUCCACGGCGGCGGGGCCGCCUGUUUACGCCGCUACGACGACUGCUCCGUCGGACUGGCGGACGAGUCACCCAUCAAGUGCGAGUACAUGCUCAACGCCAUUCCCAAGAGGCUUUGCCUGGUGUGUGGUGACAUCGCGUCAGGGUACCACUACGGCGUGGCCUCCUGUGAAGCCUGCAAGGCCUUUUUCAAAAGGACGAUACAAGGUAACAUCGAGUACAGCUGCCCGGCCACCAAUGAAUGCGAGAUCACCAAAAGGAGACGCAAAUCCUGUCAGGCGUGUCGCUUCAUGAAAUGUCUGAAAGUUGGCAUGUUGAAAGAAGGUGUUCGUCUGGACCGAGUGCGAGGAGGACGCCAGAAGUACAAACGGCGGAUGGACGCGGAGAACGGCGCCUACCUCGGCCUCACCAUCCCGCCGCCAGCAAAAAAGCCUUUGACCAAGAUCGUGUCCCAUCUGUUGGUGGUGGAGCCCGAGAAGAUCUACGCAAUGCCCGACCCCACCAUGCCCGACAGCGACAUCAAGGCUUUGACCACGCUGUGUGACUUGGCCGACCGCGAGCUUGUGGUCAUCAUCGGCUGGGCCAAACAUAUCCCAGGCUUCUCCACGCUGUCCCUGGCCGACCAGAUGAGCCUCCUCCAGAGCGCCUGGAUGGAGAUCCUGGUGCUAAGCAUCGUCUUCCGCUCGCUGCCCUGCGAGGACGAGAUCGUCUACGCCGAGGACUACGCGGUGGAUGAGGAGCAGGCGAGGAGCUCGGGCCUGCUGGACCUGCACAUCGCCAUCCUGCCGCUGGUGCGACGCUACAAGAAGCUGCGCGUCGACAAGGAGGAGUUUGUCACGCUCAAAGCCAUCGCGCUCGCCAACUCAGACUCCAUGCACAUAGAGAACAUCGAAGCCGUCCAGAGGCUCCAGGAUUCCCUCCACGAGGCCCUGCAGGACUUUGAGGCCUCCCAGCACCCGGAGGACCCCCGGCGGGCGGGCAAGCUGCUCAUGACGCUGCCUCUGCUCCGUCAGACGGCCACUAAAGCGGUGCAGCAUUUCUACAGCAUCAAAAUGCAGGGCAAAGUCCCCAUGCACAAACUCUUCCUGGAGAUGCUGGAGGCCAAGGCUUGACACUGCAUGGUACAGGUCUGACAGACAGCUGCACCAGCCAAUAGGAGGCCAGGGACAUGUUUCAUUAUGAAUAUAUACUGUAUAGAUGCUGAUGUGCCAACUGGUUGGGAGCUUGGAAGACAUUUUGACAGCUGUGAGGCGGAUACCAACACGAUGAUGUAUAUGAAAUGUACAGAAACGAGGCAGGGGGGGCCUUGUUAUGUAACCACAGGCCAGCUUCUCUUUCAUUUGACGAUAAAUGUCCUAACAGCGCCGUAGCCACAUGCUGUCAUUUUAUACUUUCUAAUCUCAACAAUAGUCCACUACUACUGUGUGUAUAUAAUACUUGUGCUGUAUGUUGUCUGGCCAGUCUUCUAAAUAUUUACCUCGUCGUAGCGUCGUCAAUUCUGGUCGGGCUCGGUGCUGGCAGAAGGUGGUUUGGCCGGAGAUCGGUUUGCACUAUAAGCACCCCGUAAAUGUGCAAUAAUAAUAAUAAUAUAUGACAACAAUGAACAGGAACAGGAACCGCCUUUUCUAGCCAUGAUACUGUAAUCCUAACAGGCCCUGCGAAUGUGACCUCUGCAAUAAAUAUCAUGUGGAUUGUCGUAUCACGUUGUGUUCGUACCGUACGCUCGCUUCUUUUGUUAACGCGCUCUUCCUGCGGGCUUCAUGCCAAAGUCCAGUUUGAAACAUUGCAGGAGCAUUCGUGCUACAUGAAUGAAAAUGAAAAGAAAAAAAAUAUCCCAAUGAUAAGUCGCAAUGAAAUGAAGACAAUUAUGAGAUUAAACAGUCAUAUUUAUGAGAUAACAUCAUACUUAUGAGAUAAACAGUCAUAAUUAUGAGAUACAAACUCAUAAUUAUGACAUCAAAAUUCAAAAUUAUGAGAUAAAAGUCAGAAUUACAAGAUAAAAAGUCAGAAUUAUGAGUUAAAAAGUAAAAAUUAUGAGAUAAAAAAUUUUAAUUAUGAGAUAAAAAGUCAAUUAUGAGAUAAAGUCAUAAUUAUGAAAGAAAAAAUCCAAAUUAGGAGUUAAAAAAGGCAUAAUUAGGAGCUAAAAAGUCCAAAAUAGGAGAUAAAAAGUCCUAAUUAUGAGAUAAAAGUAAACAUGAUGAGAUAAAAAGUCCUAAUGAUGAGAUAGAAGGAGCGCAUGUGCCGCCUUCUUCACCGCAGCCUUUGUUGACGUAGCACUCGGCACAUGCGCUCCUUCUAUCUCAUCAUUUCCAUUUACCAUUGGGAUAUUUUUGUCCUUCCAGUGGAGGAAUCGGGCUUCCAUAAAAAUUCCUUUCCAUGUGCGGUCAAACAAACAUGUAGUCAGUGCACGUCUGUGCCUGUCGAUGACUCAAUUAGUGGCGCCCCCUAUGGGCUGAGGCCAAAAUGCUUUGGAAGACACGCAAUCGUGGUCCGCUGUAACUUUGGGGUGCUUGGAUGAAUCACCACCAAAUGUGGUGCACGCCUUUAGCGGACUGAAAGGCACACGUGUGUCAAAUGUGAGCCAGAUUGGUUGAAAAACAUGGCUGCCAUCGAGCGCGACGCCUUUGACACUUGGCAUCUAGUUGUCCUUAAGUCACGGAGCAUUCGAGGAUAUUUGUAUUGCAUGUUUGCUACCACAACCCACAGGGGGCGCUGCUAAUAUCAGGAGACGUCCUAAUUUAGUCACAUGACUGUAUCCUUAAAUCAGGGGUGUCCAAAAUGCCGGCCGGAGGCCAUUUAAAAAUAUAAUUUAACAAGAAAUCAACAACAUCAGCAAAAAAGGACAAAUCAUCAGUGUUUUACAAGAAUAAAGUCAAAGUGUUAAAAGAAAAAAGUUGUAAUCUAAUGAGGAAAAAGUCGUAAUUCUACAAGAUUAAAGUCAUGAUACCGUGAGGAAACAUAACGUCAUUUUAGCUUUUAGCUUUUAGCUUUUAGCUUAAGGUUGAAAUAGUCAAGAAAAACUUUAUUUUUGUUUAAGUCGUAAUAUCAUGAGUACGACGGUACAUGAGGGCCGCAAUGAAACAAAAUAAUCUCAGAUUUCCAAAAAAAAGUUGUAAAUUUACAACUUUUUUUCUCAUAAAUUUGCAAAUUUAUUCUCGUAAAUUACAAAUUUUUACUCAUAAAUUUACGACUUCUUUCUCAUGAAUUUAUGACUUUAUUCUCGUGAAUCUACGACUUUUUUCUCAGAAAUAAACAACUUUUUUUUCUCAUGAUAUUCCGACUUUAUUCUCGUAAAUUAAUGACUAUUCUCAAAAUCCCAGAUAUGUUUUUUUUCAAUGUGGCCUUAAUCCCUAAAACUCUCUGGUAAAUUUAAAAUCUUAUUCUCGUAAAUGUAUGACUUUUUUUACAUUAUUGUACAACUUUAUCCUUGUACUAUGACAACUUUUUUUCUUGUAAAUUUCUCAUAAAUUUACGACCAUAUUCUCGUUAAUUUACAACUUUUUUUCUCGUUAAUUUACGACUUCUUUCUUGUAAAUUUACAACUUUAUUCUUGAAAUCUCGGAUUAUUAAUAAUACUACCUAAUACUUUCUCGUAAAGUUACGACUUUAUUCUCGUAACAUUACAACUUCUUUCUCGUAAAUUCAUGACUUUUUUCUAGUAAAUUUCAAACUUUAUUCUCGUAAAUUUAUGAUGUUUCCUCCCAAAUUUAUGACUUUAUUCUUGUAAAUUUUGGACUUUUUUUCUCAUAAAUUUAACGACUUUUUUUUCUUGUAAUAUUACACCUUUUUUCUCGUAAAUUUAUGACUUUUUUGUCCUGUAAAUUUGCGGCUUUAUUCUCGUAAAUGUACAACUUUUUUCUCGAAAUCUCAAGAAACGUGGCCGUGAUACUAAAAAAAAAAAAGAGGAAUAAAGUCGUAAUUUUUGGAAAAUGAGGUUGCAAAAAAGCUAUGUUCCGAGAAUAAAGUGAAGCUAUGAUGGGAGUAAAGUGUAACUUCUUAGCGUGUCACAAAAUAUCCAAGUGGCCCUUGCAUCCUGUCAUUCUUCAGUCACUGUCCCCCGGUGGAAAAGCUCGGACCUCCCUGCCUUCAAUGUGGAACAUCAGCCUCGAUCUUGACCACGUCGGAAGAAGGCCCUCAUCCAAGAGAACGGUUUCAUAACUUUGUUCUCAAAUGGAUGUUAAGAAAAUAAAGAAGCCUUCUAAAGCGGUUCUAGUAUCAUCCAAUUAAUUCUAAUCGUCUCCCGUGCUGAAAUUCUCAAUAGAAAUGGAGCAAUUAAAUUCGGCUUUGACUCCACCUCGGGGACAGGGGUGGUUUUAUUUCGGAUGGCGGCGGCGGAGGCUUUGUCUAAACCUUUCCAAAGGCAAUUUCACGGGCGUCCGUAAUAGAUCCAUAAGCGAGGGAUCACUGGGCUAUGCAAAGCAGAAGACGACGGCCAUCUUUGUUGCUGUUUUUGUGUACAAACAUGCUUGUACUGUGCUUUAUGGCCGCGUCCAUUAAAGGCCGUCUGGCUACUUGACACAUUGGGAGUGAAUUGUAGCCUUCUAUACCGUACCUGGCACACCCCAUACCUCCAAUUCAUAUUUUGAGAAGUACACUGGGUUUGGAAGCGGGCCACGGGAGGCUCCUCCUGGGAAUCGGUGGCACAGAAAUAAAGUGACAUCACUGGCUGGCGUAUUAAAAAAAAAAAAUGUAGAUGAAGCCGGCGCGAUUGGGGAGCACAUUCCUCGGAGGAGAAAGCUGCUUAUUCUGCUGCUGCUGCUGCUGCUGCUGCUGCUGUUCCAUUUGUGGACUUAUCUUGCCGCGCUCAUCAUGAUUUACAUAAAACAUAGAGGAACCUCCUCCACGUCCUGGCCCGUCCCGUAUAAGGGACCCUGCGGUGCGUGCAUGUGCGCGUUUGUGUGGGUGUGUGUGAGUGAGAUUACCCAGGAGGUUUCCUCCCCCUCUCUAAAAGCAAUAUGUUACCAAUUGUCAUAUAAGAAGUGAAGGUGUUGAUGAUAAAGCUACACUGCUGUGUAACUACUGUAUGCACUCCUAUACUGUAGCAGCAAAGAGCCACAGAUGGUUUGCAAUGUGCUUUUCUUUAUUGUGUUCAUUCUCCACUGUAUCCAUAUGUAAAUAUGACCCCCCCCCCCCUUUUUUUUGGAUUGAUUUAGAUCU